AUGGCAGACGCAGAGUUGGAGGAGAUUAGGCGAGCUCGUCUAGCGCAACUCCAACAAAGCGGUGGACCACCAAGAGCUCCAUCAGAAGGUAACCAAGACGAGCAAAGAAAACAAGUUGAAGCACCAACUCAUACCACCCCCACAGCUGAGCGCCGCGCUACAAUCCUCAACCAAAUCCUUGAACCCGAAGCCGCAGAUCGGCUGGGCCGAAUUCGACUUGUGAAAGAGUCGCGUGCCACAGAUAUUGAAAACAGGCUCAUCAUGCUUGCGCAGACAGGACAGUUGCGGCAGAAGGUCACAGAGGAGCAACUCAAGCAGCUCUUGAAUGCUGUUGCAGAGAACCAACGCAAGGACGAGGAAGAGCAGCAAAAGAUUGUGUUCUCUAGGCGGAAGGGUGGAUGGGACGAUGAUGAUGACUUGCUGGACUUGUGA